UAUGUGACGUGACAAUUUGCAUCACUAGUCACUACAAUACCUUAAUUAAGUUAAUUGGCACAAAAACAUCAUUUUAUAAACUAAAUAUUUUAUAUACCUAGUUAUAACAGAGCAAUACUCAAAUUUGUUUGGUGAAUGACUUUUUUAAAUCUACAAUCUGUACAAUGAACCUUCUAUCUAAAAGUCUAUCAAUUUUUCGAUGUAAUAAUUCGCUUCCUAUUGUACUAUUUGGAACGCCUAGAAUUUAUGGAAUUCGAUGGUUUUCCAAUGAAAAAGAAGGUGGUCUGAUAAAAUCUCGGGGUAACGAAAGAACCGACGUUUCUACAGAUGUCAGACCUAUAGGAGAAAAAGUCAAAGAAGCAACAAAAACAGCAUCUUAUACAGGAAUUAUAUUAGCUGGUGUGGGAAUCACUGGUGUUAUAUUUUACUAUGUAUUUAGAGAAUUAUUUUCAAGUAAUAGUUCUAACAGUAUAUACUCAGUAGCUCUUGAAAAAUGUAAAAGUGAUCCAAGAGUUGAAGAUGCCCUUGGUGCACCAAUUAAAGGUUAUGGAGAAGAAACAACUAGAAGAAGACGUACACAUGUGAGCCAUGCAGUGUAUGAGAAGAAUGGAGUUAAGCAUAUGAGGAUGAGAUUUUAUAUUAAAGGAGUAAGGAAUAAGGCUAUUGUUGAAUUAGAUAUGAAGCAGAAUGAAUAUGGGAAUUAUCUGUGCCGAUAUUUACUUGUACAGCUUGAUGAUUACAGUGGAAAAACAUUUAUAAUAGAAGAUAAUAGAGCAGAGUUAGAUCAGUCUGAAAAAGCAGAUUAUACUAGUCAACUACCAACAUUGACUUUGACUCAAUAAACCUGGGUUAUGCAAUAGUAAAUAUAAUAAAAUGUUAAAACUUAAUAGUUAGAACUGUGAAUAAAAUGUAAAUAAUUU